AUGAGUGAAGAGCAAUGGAAUUUCAGCAUAUUUGCGGACCGGAAAACUCGCGUCAUGAUGGCAAUAAAUAAUGUUCUCCAACAGAAGGGACCUCUCCUCCAUCGAAUAGUACUUGCUGGCCAUGGAUUUGCUGGAAUUGUUGUUAAAAAGGCUGUUACUAUGGCUAAUACUACUAAGAGGUUCUACGACGUUGCUUUGGCUAUUGAUGCCUUGCUAUUCAUUGAUUCACCUCUUCAGCCAACAGACCAACAAAACUGGGAUGAGUUGUUGCUCAAAAUGUUGGAUGCGACAAACAUUAGCUAUCGGGGUCGCCUGGCAGAGAUUCAUCCUGGUCUUAUAGGCUCGCUAUCUCAGAUAUCAUACGACUUUUGUCAGUUUGCUGCCGAAUACAGAAUAACAAGUAUCAUCAGAAAAGUCAACAGCGACGAAUUUGAGACUACAAAGUUCAAUACUCCAUUUGAAGAAGUUAUACCGAUAUUCCGGACGCGUGAUGAGAUGUUGCGUUGCUCAAUGCAAGAUGCGGAAUACCUCGGGUUAUUAAAGAAGUUGUUUACUCCGCGUUACGUCAAUCGAGGUAUGUACCGUUGA